UUACCUUUUUUUGCCAUUUUUCACAUCACCUGCCUUGAUAGAUUUUUAUACCGAGAACUAUCUCUGGUUCGAUCAAAAGUACCCGACGCCCCCACUCCAGAACGGCAUCGACUAGAUUUCACUAACAUAUUCAUCCUCCCGGUUCUGCACAUUCCCCGGCUACUCUUCUCCUUUACGAAUCUAUGCCAAAAUUUCAGAUCCGUUGUUUCUAGGGUUUUACCGGCACAGGUAGUCGUCCUCUCUUGUCACUGUAUCGGUGUGCAAAGGGAUUCGAAUCAAUCCAAUCGUCCUUUUCCGAGGUUUGCUCCGCUGAUCACCUUGCCCCUUGUCACGUCUUCGGAGUGAGGAAGAUGAAUCAGAGACUAAAGCAGCAGCAACAACAGCAGCAAGCUCUGAUGCAACAGGCUCUUAUGCAGCAGCAGCAGCUAUACCACUCCGGUGUCCUUGCAGCUAUAUCACAGAUGGAGCCUGUUCCAAGUGGCAACCUGCCCCCUGGUUUUGAUCCAUCUACUUGCCGCAGUGUGUUUGUAGGCAAUAUCCAUCCCCAGGUCACAGAAGCCCUUCUUGCAGAAGUUUUCCAGAGUAUGGGUCCACUUGAAGGAUGCAAACUCAUUCGAAAAGAAAAGUCUUCUUAUGGGUUUGUUGAUUAUCAUGAUCGGAGAUCAGCAUCCCUUGCAAUUAUGACUUUGAAUGGACGUCUUCUAUAUGGUUUGUCAAUUAAGGUGAAUUGGGCUUAUGCAAGCGGUCAACGAGAAGAUACAUCUGGGCACUCCCAUGUUUUUGUCGGUGAUCUUGGCUCGGAGGUCACUGAUUCAAUGCUUUUCAAUCAUUUUCAAGUUUAUCCCAGUUGCUCGGAUGCACGUGUGAUGUGGGAUAACAAAACUGGGCGUUCUAGAGGAUAUGGUUUCGUUUCUUUCCGCAACAAACAGGAAGCUCAGAACGCUAUUAAUGAAAUGUCAGGUAAAUGGCUUGGUAAUCGGCAAAUAAGAUGUAACUGGGCAACCAAGAAUUCUGGCGAGGAAAAGCAGGGUAGCGAUAAUCAAAAUGACUUGGCAUUAACAAAUGGUAUUUCUAGCAAUUUGGGAGCUCAGGAGAAUUCAAAUGAUGAUGCUCCAGAGAACAAUCUUGCAUACACUACUGUAUAUAUUGGGAACCUUGCACAUGAGGUGACACAAGCUGAACUUCAUCGCCAAUUCCACAAUCUUGGAGUUGGUGUUAUUGAAGAAGUACGCAUUCAGAGAGACAAGGGAUUUGGAUUUGUGAGGUUUCAUUCCCAUAAUGAAGCUGCUGCAGCCAUUAUGAUGGCAAAUGGAAAGAUCGUUUGUGGGAAGUCCAUAAAGUGUUCUUGGGGAAACAAGCCCACCCCACCCGGCACGACUUCAAACCCGCUGCCGCCUCCAGGUCCUCCUUUCCAACUCUUGGGGGCUCAUGGAUACUCAGAUGCAGAUCUUCUGGCGUACCAGCGGCAGCUCGCCAUAAGCCAGGCGACCGCAGUACCUUUGGCUGCACAGCAUAGCCUUGCCGCCGCCCAAUCAUCAACAGGCCUCGUACCUGGCGGGUCUCAGACCGUCUAUGAUGGCUAUCCAAGCCACACAUCCUCUCAGCAGCUGAUGUACUACAGUUAAGAGGCCUGCAUCUGACUGAUACUUAAAAUGGAUUUUAUCACUUUGUUGACAACAUUCUGGACUUCUGGGUUUUGUGAUUUUUACUUUAUUGGUGGAGGGAUGUUGAUCUUAUUUUC